GUUGACACUCAGUGAAGCCACUGACCAUUCUCAUACUACACCUCACAACCCAAGGAGUACCACAGUAGACGACGAUUUUCCCAGAGAAAAAACAGCCAGCCAUGUCAGUACCGGGCAAUAUCAACACGGCGCCUCCGCCAUCCUCAUUUGACGAAAACAAUGAGUUCUACGAGGAAUCGCGCAUGGCCAAGAUGAAGCGGAGGCUCGCAGAAGAGCCAUUGAUCCCACUAGGAUGUGCCCUGACGUGUUGGGCGUUAUAUGAAGCAACGCGAUCGAUCAAGUCUGGAGACAAACACCGCACGAAUCGUAUGUUCCGUCGACGAAUCUACGCGCAGGGGUUUACGAUUCUUGCCAUGAUAGCGGGGAGCGCGUACUACGAGGGCGAUCGUUCAAAACGAAAGGAGUUCGAGGGUGUUGUGGCAGACAAACAGAAGAAGGAGCGCCACGAGGCGUGGUUACGAGAAUUGGAGGCGCGAGACGAAGAAGAGCAGGAACUGAGAGCACUGCGAAGUAAACUGAUGAAGGCACGCACAGCAGAGAGGAAGGAGUUCACACAAGAAGAGCGUCGCAUACUGGAGGAGAAGCAGAGACGAGACAGCGGCCAGUCCGAGGGUGGCUGGGGCUCUAUCAAGAGCGCACUCGAAGACAACGAAAGGCGAAAGAUGAGGAUAUUGAGCGCAGCCAUGGAGCUGUGGCGGAGCAGGUGAAAGGGUCGGGGAAGAUGCAUUGUAAGCGUAAGGUAUAGAGGGGGAGAAAUUCGUUCACAUCAGGCCAGCGAGCGACGUGUACCGUAUACAGAACGGGUUGACGCAGGUCCAAAAGCAACAAGGCAUAUGGUCUUCUAUGUGACUAUGCUCAGUCAAAGAAGUCCACCAAAGUUCAGGUACGAGUACGCUCACAAGUUUUCGAGUCCUAAAGCUGAGACUCGGCCUUUCCGAACGACAGACUGGCACACCUGCGGGUUGCGGACUUCCAGAUAUAGGGUAAGC